AGUUAGUAAUGUAUUUCUUACUCAGUUUAACGUUAGCUUCUCCUUCAUCCUAGCUGGCUAAGUAAUACUUGCCAGGAAACCUUCAACAUUACUGCAAUAGAAGUCUCUGGUGGCAGAUAAAGAUGGUGAUACAGCAUUGAAAAAGACCCACCACAUCCCUCAGGCCAUCCGGUGCAUGGACAUCUUGUGCCAGUGUGAUCCAGCACGAGAGUCAGUUGUAGAGGCUACAGCCGAUCGAGCAUGCGGACGGACAGAAGAUACUCGAGGCCAUCAUGUCCAACAAGGUGGAAUAUGCCUUCCCUGCAGGAGACGAAAGCGAUGGGAGCAACGACGAGUGGGACAUUGGAUUUUCAAAGUCGAUAAAGGUCCCCUUAAUUGAGAGCACAGAUGCAGGGGUCCCAGAAGCAGAGGAUAAGGUCUCCACUUUGAAAAGAGCCAUCAACACCAAAGAUGUCCAGCUGGUCCAGCAGCUGUUGGACAAUGGCCUGGAUGUGGAGACCAGGCUGGGGUUUGAGUGGACACCGCUGAUGUGUGCUGUGCACAUGGCUCACUAUGACAUCGCCAAGCUGCUGCUGGACAGAGGGGCCAGUGCUAACUUCAGCAGAGACCAGUACACUGUACUGAUGGCUGCAUGCACAGCUUCUGCCAGUGAGGACAAGAUCGUCCAGUGUGUGGAGCUGCUCUUGUCCAGAAACGCUGAUCCCAACACAUUCACCAGGUCUCGUAUGACAUCCCUGAUGCUGGCGUCCCGGGACGGCUACAGUCAGGUAAUCAACCUGCUGUUGUCUCACGGGGCAGAGGUCAACUCCCAGGAUGAAAAUGGGUACACGGCCCUGAGUGUGGCGGUGCAGUACGGAAGAGAAGAGGCCGUCCUCAAGCUGCUCCAGCUGGGGGCAGACAAGACCCUCAAGACCAAAGCAGAGAAGAGUGCUGCCGACUUGGCCAAGGUCUUCAAACGACCACAGAUUGCCAGGAUCCUGGCGUCCCCAGGCAAUGCCCUCACCAACGGGCAGGUAACCUCCUCGAAGGAGGAGACCCUCUUCAAGUUCUUCAAGAGGGACCCCGAUCUAUCUGCUGACUCCAAGGAGCGUCUGGCCAAACUGUGUGAUAUCGAGCUGCUUCUGCACGGACUCAACCUGGAGUACCUCUCUGACAUAAUGCUAGAAAAUGACAUCACUUGGAGCUACCUGGUAACCAUGGAGAAGGAUGACCUGGAGAAGAUUGGUAUCUCUGACCCAGAGGACCAGCAGAAGGUUCUGAGUGCAGUGAAAGAGAUGCAUCUAGACCGGGUCGACCUAGACACUGUCGACCAGCUGGAGAACAUAGACACCGGAAGUGAGGAGCUGUAUAACUUCCUGAUCAGUCUGAGGCAGCAAUGCUGCUACUUGACAGAGACAGUACAGGACGUCAUCAGCCGCUUCCCCCGCCGAGCUUCUGAGCUGGUGUUGUCCCUGGACCCUAAGAAGGAGGCCCAGGCCAUCUGUAAUGAGCUGGUGGCCCAGACUGGAGACCUGCAGAAAGAGGUCGCCUGCCUCAAGAACCUGCUGCACAAGAUGGACCCAGCAGGAGAUUUCUGCCCACUUCCUCAACCUGGUUCCCACGGCGACUGGAGGAGACGGGUCCUGAAGAGGCUUGCACUGAGCAUGCUUGGAGCAGGCCUGCUGUUUGCCCUGUCCAGAGCAAAGAGUGCCAAGAUUUACCUUUAGACUGACAGCUCCAUUAUUAUCCAAUUUACUCUUACUUUGGAUAAAUUGUCAUAGGUUAUCAAUCAAUUAGCUUAAUUGUCUUAAUUUACAUUUCUGUUUGAGGAAUUAUGCCGAAUGAGAAUAACGCGAAUGCAAAAAAGUUUGGUUUUUGAUUGAGAUUCCUUAUAUUUGUUAUACUUUGUUCUUGUUUUUUAUUGAGUUCUUAAUUGUUUUAAGCAAUUUUCUGGGCUUUUGUAAAAUAAAAACUAUUUCUUUAUCCA